UAUUUAAAAAAGGUCUAAUAGGUAUAAUUUGCAGGCACAACCAUCUUCUAUGGCUGCAUGUCCAGUCACCCUCAGUAUAACAAAAAGAUUAAGGCCAUGUUCGGGCUCGGACCGGUGGCCACGGUGAAGCACAUCAUAAGCCCUAUCAAGUACCUGGCUCCUUUUGCUAAUGACAUCCAUAUUUUGUUAAAUCUCCUUGGUGAUUACGAGUUCCUGCCUUACAAUCGGAAGUAUGUGGAGUGGACGGAAUUCGUGUGCACUCACUUCAGGUAUGAGAAACUCAUGUGCAGGGACGCCCUUUUCUUCCUGUGUGGAUUUGAUGCUCAUCAGUUCAAUAUGACUUGGCUUCCCGUUAUCCUAAGUCAUGGAGCCGAGGGAACAUCCACAAUGACUGUAGUUCAUUAUGCACAGGAAGUUAACACAGGGGCAUUUGAACACUAUGAUUUUGGAAAGUCAGAGAACAUCAGAAGGUAUCACCAGCCAACUCCGCCAAAAUACAACCUGAAAAACGUGACAGCGCCAGUGGCUCUGAUCUGGGCACAGAAUGAUUGGCUUGCUGAUCCAGAAGAUAUUGUAUACCUUGCCUCAGAACUUCCAAAUUUGGUACUGAACAUUAAGAUGCCAUUGCCCGAUUUUAACCAUAUGGACUUCAUCUGGGGAAUUGAUGCAGAUAAACUUGUCUACAAAAGAAUCCUGAAGUAUAUGAAAUUCUUCUAAAUCAAAAUGGAUGUUGAGAAAUUGCAUUAUUACAAUCAAUGACAUAGAUUGUAUGUAAUGCUUCAUUCUGUUGAUGUUUGCCACUUCUAUAUAUAUAUGAUUUAGGUAUCAGUUUACCAUGAAAUUGAUACUUAUAACAGUAUAUAUGUUACUUAUAGUCCCAGUCAUCAUAGAUUUAAAAUGAAAAUGAACUUGCAAAAAUAUUUGUGUACAAAGGUUUAAGAAUACCAGUGGUCACAAAAAGAAGAGAUUUGUGGAAGUUGUUUUAGCAAUACCAGUGGUCACAAUACUUUUAAAAAUCAGUAUUUGUAUAAUUUUUAUGAAUUUGUCAUCUUUUUACUUUGUAGAAAGUAUUUUUGGGGAAGAAAAUUUUUAAGGAGGCUUAUACAAAAAAAAAAAAAAAAAAAAAAUUAUGCUUAGAUGUGCCUAAGUUUCUCACUCAAUUGUUUUUUUUGCAUUGUUGAUAUCUUUUAUUGGUUCUUAUACUAUUUAUUGUUAUGAUUACUUUGAUGUUAAGUAUAUGAGGAGUUGCUAAUAGAAAACAAAAACAAAAAAUAGUCAAAGGUUCUUAAAACCAUAUAUUUGAAUUUAUAAUUAUACUGGCUGUCAAAUAUAUGUUUGUGUAUGUUUCUCAUAAAUAUAUGGACGUGUAUGUGUAUAUAUUCUUUAAAUACACACACAUACAAAUACAUAUAUUUAAAUAUGGAGGAUUUUAUUCAUGUAUAACAUAUACUCACUUUGUUUUAAGAAUAUAUAUUAUAUUCUUUUUUUCUAGUCUUAUACAAAAGCAGGAAUAAUUGUAAGCCGUAAAUGCUAAUUUGCUUGCCAGAUAUUGUGUGAAACUUACUUUGUAGUCAAGUGAAAUUAUUCAGAAAAUCAAGUAUGUGCAUGAUUUUGAAAUAUAUCUAAAAUGAAGAAAGUAAUAUGCAUAUUGCUAUUGAUGUUCCUGUAAUCUUACACCCACAAGGCAUGCAAUAAAUCAGUCAAGCAAGGUUUUUGUUAUAGAAAAAAAUAUUGAAAAAAAUAAAAAUUACUUUAAUA